GGUUGGGGGUAAGGGGAGGAGAGGCAGACGGCUACCGGGAGCUUAAGAAGAGAGGUCCAGCAGCCCCAGCUAAGAAGAAGGUGCCUGGCCUGGGUCCAAUUGACUGUGAUGUGCAGAAAAGAAAUGAGGCAGUUGCUGUUUCCCUUGGCCCUGUGGCUCAGUACCCUGGGGCCCACAGGAACCAGAGGAGAUGAGCUCUCAGUGCCACAACAACGGGGCUUGCAGGUGGCUUUGGAGAAGUUCCACAAUCAUCCACCUGUGCAGUGGGCAUUCAAGGAGAUUGGUGUGGACAGAGCCAGUGACAUGUCGCUCCCUGGAGGGACAUUUGUCCGACUGGAGUUUGGGCUGCAGCAGACCAAUUGCAGAAAGAAGGACUGGAGGAAUGCUGAGUGCAAGGUCAAACCCAAUGGGCGGAAGAGGAGCUGUUUGGCUUGCAUCAAGUUUGAUUCCAAGGACCGGGUCCUGAAGCAGAUGAUUCACUGCCCUAUUGGGCCCCCAUGGGGUCAAAGGGAUCCUGAGGGGCAGCAGGAAACUCAGUGCACUCAAGUGGAAAGAGCUGGUGAAGAAACGCACAGCUAUUACUUCCCUGGAACAUAUGCCUUUUCUAGGAGUCACAGCUCUGGCUAAGCCUACGCAGCAUGCUACAUUGAUUUCAUUGCCUUUGAAAACCAGUGAAUAGUUCAAAGGCUCCCAACAUCCCUCCUUAUCCACUAGGGCAAGCAUCCCCUAUCCCACCUCACCUGGGAGAAGAGGCCAGGCUCUGCUAACCCUAUGCACAGCAUCCUUGCUCCUUCUUGUGUCAAAUAAAACUUCUCGAAACUCUG